AUGGAAUGGCGUUCUGCUUGUCGCGUUCAAUGGGAGGCAAGCAACGUUACCGAACGACAACUCGAAUUGACAAGGACUGGCUUCAAUGGCUCCAGCUCUAAUAGUUCCAAGGACUCCAAGGGCUCCAAUUUGACUGUCAAGUCCAGCAGCGUUGUUUGGAUAGAAUUUGAUUCUCAUGAGGACGACUUCCAAGUCAAUAUUUACAACUGCUCGAAACCCGGUGUUGAUGAGAUUCGGUUUGAAGAACCAUACGAUAGAUGCCCUAAAAUUAUCGUAUGGUUUACUGCCCUGGAUUUUCUCGGCAAUGAAAGCUGCUCCUUUUAUGCUCGUGCUGAGAAUAUUGGACAGGAUGGGUUUAAGUUGCAGCACUCUGAACAAAAGGCAUCUGUGGCUUGGCUAGCUUUCUCUAACAGAAGUAAACGCAUAAAAAGCGGUCAUGAUACAUGUACUAAAGAGCCGCAUGCCUCGAAACGCCGCUUUUUCUCAUAUCAGCUCUCCUCUGAUGAGGAGUGCCUCGAUGUAAACGACGAACGUGCCAUAAUCUUCGAGCGGCUAUUUAAAAGAACGCCUCGCACUUUUGUGGCGAUCAAUGGGAUCAGAAUGGAACCGGGGAAAAAGAUGAAUGUCCAAGUCAGGAUAUCCAAGCAGUCGGCUCAAGGCUUCUCUUGGACUUGUGAGGCGCCACCCGGUGCUCGCAUUGACGUUGAUUGGAUUGCAUUUGGAUAG